AGCAGGGGUUUUAUCAUAUAAUGUAGACAGGUUUAAAAUGAAUCGACGAAAUGGAUCCAGUAAUUUUGUUUCGUGGAUUAAUUCUGCGUCCAUUGUCUUUGGAUAAGCUCUGAAAUAGAUGCAUUGAGCUGUCCCAACAAUCCUGCCGUUCAAUUUUGAAAAAAAAGACAAUGUAUGCAAACGGAAAUAGUUAAUGGGGCAACUUAAUCGUAUUUAAAAGAAUUUUAUCCUUUUUUUACCACCGUUUUUACAUGUACAUAGAGAAUAAUGUAGACGAUAAUGAGAGAAAGCAGUAUUACGAGAGAACUUUAGCGUUUACAUAAUGGGGAGUCGUUAUAGGUUCUGGAUUGUCUUCACGAUUUCCAUGGUUAGAUCAGUUGUCGGCCUCGUGGAAAUUUUUCAACUCGAUAACCUCACACUCACUGUAAGCUGGGAAGAUCUAGUUACAUACGGGGAUUCGACGACGUUUGUCUGUGAAACAGCAUCUUCCGCGCCAGUGAACGUGUCCCUUUACUGGCUUCUACCCAAUGGAACUACUUUAUCACACGUCAACAGCCGGAAUGAUACACCCCCGUGUACUGUUAACAGCUGUAUUACAACAAUAGACAUUCCGCGGGUAGAUUUCAACGACGAAGGACAAUAUUCCUGCCUUAUAAAUGAUACAAACAUACCUGUUCAUAUGGAAGUACAAAGCUUAUGCCCUCAUCGAAGAUAUGGCAGAGCAAGCGGUCCAUCAUUUGGUAUGAAAACAGUAAAUGUGAGUACACAGUUGGACUGCAUCAGGCGUUGUGAAAACGACUCCGCCUGCGUCAGCGUAACGUAUAUAGAUAUGACAACAGAGUGUCGAAUUCAUAACUGGACUGAUGUACAAUACGGCGCAUGCACAGGAGAUUUAUACGGUUAUUUCUACGAAAAAUCCUGCCUCGACAUGCUUACUAAUACUAACUGUUCCAUGGAAAAGCAGUUGGCAGAAACUAUGGGAACGGGGAAUGUAAUUCAAGUUAUAAGUAACUAUAUCCUGUCAGAUUGUAUCCAAUCCUGUAUCAACGAGGCUGCUUGUUUGGGAAUGGACUACAACCAAAAUAACUAUACGUGCAGGCUUUAUGACAGCGACAGAUGGACGAACAACAUGUAUUGGUCAAGACAAAAUGGCAUCCAGUGUGAUUAUUUUGAAAAGACUGAGGACUGUUACAAUGUUAUAGAAUGUCGUCCUCCUAAGGAUUGGAAAGGUUCGUACUACCGAGGGAAGCUGAACGUAAGUUUUGGUGGCGGUUGUAAAAACUGGAAGGAUACACGGUUCACGUAUCUCACGGAUCAUCAUAAUUUCUGCCGGAAUUUAAAUUCUAAUGCGCCACAAAUAUCCUGCGUUACUUUUAGUGGUGACGUCAGGGAUUGUGAUGUACCGGAUUGUGUUAACAUCCAAGGAGAGGAUACACAAGUGAUAUUUGGAGAAACGGGGACAUUUUUUGUAAAUGUCACGUGGCACCCCUUAAUAAAUGUGACGUACUUCGAGUGGAAGAAGGACGGUGCUAUUCUAAACGAUCCCCGAUAUACGGUGGGAUCACUGCCUCUCCCAACACUCACUAUUCCGAAUUCAACUUUUAGUGAUAGAGGAAACUACAAGAUUCGUGUUCGCACUCACGGCUACGGCACAGCUAAUGACGAUUUCUAUUUGGAUGUUUCAGGAAGCGAUCCAAUAACUACGUUGAAGAUAAAUUCCUCGGCGGUCACUCUUGGGAUAUCCAUGGGAAUCGUGUGUGAAUUAUUUGAUCCACCCUUGCCAAACAUAAUCUAUUACAGACUAGAAAGAAAACGUGAAAGUGACCCAACUCCCGAGAUACUUGUGGAAAUGGGAACAAACGAAACGUUCAGCAACGUCACUGUGUUCAUUGCACGGUUUUCUACAUCCACAGUCACUAUUUUGGACUACUCGGAGUAUAAUUGUGUAACAACCAACUUGAUAUCGACCCAAGAAUACAAACAUUAUCUCAACAUAGAUGCAGGAGAGUCCAAUUUACGAGGUUAUGUUUACAUACCUACGCUACACAAAGUUCUGAAGCUUAUGAACUCAUAUCUGAGAACGUAUGAGAACGCGGAAUUAGACUGUCAAAGACUAAAUGGUACUCUGUUUCCAAUUACGUCACUAGAGCGUCAGAUCUUUGCAGAGAAGAUGUUUCGUGAAAAAUGGAUAAACGCUGUCGGAUUUGUCUUCAUCUCUGGACAAAAGUUUAACAACGAAUGGAAAAUCAACAAUUCUAUCGCAAUUUUUACAUACUGGGAUGUUUCAUAUCCAAGCAAUAUUGCCAGCAACAGGUGUAUAGCACAGAAUUUAGAUCCUAACUACAGGUGGAGAGAUGUGUCAUGUGACCAGAAGUCACAUUACCUUUGUGAGCUAGAACCUUACUGUGGGGAACCCAAUAUAACCUUCGGCACUGUGGAGCCUGGAUCCACCAAUUUAUUUUCGCUGCGAAAUUACACCUGCAUUGGAAACAAAAAGACAUCCACCUAUCUUGAAUGCCUGGAAGAUCUUCAGUGGCAUGGCAACUGUGAACCCGUCAUAUGCACCGUACCAACCGGACUGAAUUCCAACCCUGUGACUAACAAGACUUAUUACUUCAACGACACUGUAUACUUUGUGUGUAACGAAGGUUUCACCAAGGAAUCUGGGAUGUCGUCACUUGUCUGUGGUGAAGAUGAGACGUGGAAUGGGACACCACUCAACUGUAAAGAGAUACUAUGUGAGGUGGUAAAUGUAACUAACGCACAGAUUGUCACCAUGGUGACAUCAACAUAUCUACCGAUGAGCUCAACGAUAGAAUACACGUGUAUGCCCGGUUUUAUCAAAUCAGCAGGAAUUGCCAUAAGCACCUGCAUGUCUGACGGGAAUUGGUCAACUUUUCUCACUUGUGAAGCACCAGUUUGUCCGAAAGAACCUAUUAACACGACAGUUUAUUUUGUUCAUCACAUAGACGGCUUUAACACAUCGGACAAUAUGUCACUGUCCUGUAACAAAGGUUAUCGUUACGGAAGCGGGAAACUCAACAGAACCUGUCAUUCGGACGGAAAAUGGAGUGCACCUCUACCACAGUGCAACCGAUGCACAUGUCCCUGUGACAGAGUCCACCCGGUCCAAAAUCUGACGACAGCAGAACUUAACAAGAAGAUUGAGGAGCUCAAACAAGAACUCGUCGUCAACAAACGGAGUUUGUCGAGUUCUGUACGGAAACGUACGAGUGCCAAAGAUGAACGUCCGUCGGCAACUGGAGUUGGUAUCAUUUUAGGAGUUGGGAUUUUGAUAUUUGUCUCCGCCUUGGUCAUUAUUCCGGACAUUCCUAAACUCACUCUUGAUCUCAGAAAAAAUAGUUUGGUAGAAAAAGUGUUCAAAAAGUAUCGAGAACGCUGAAGUGGUUCGUUUUGGAAAGGCACAGGCUGUGAUAUCCUUUUAACAUAAUUUUACAGAGAGUGUAUUCAUCUUUGAAACAUUGAUUUGUUUUCAUCAUCAAUAAAGGAUGCUGUAUUUUG